AGGCGCAUCGGCAUUCAUUGUUAGUUAGUUGCCAGACUCGGGCGCAUCGCAUUGCAGUGGGAAAGUGCGAAUUUUCCGUAAGUGCGCAAAAGCGUCGCACGCGCUAUUCAGCGAAUUGAUUUCACACGCGCAUCUCUCCGCGAGACUUUUUGCUUCAGACGACACAUGUUCGUUUGCUGUGCUUUCCACUACAUUGUUGUACAACAAUAGAUACGAUUAUGGAUUGUAGAAGUGUGAUCCUGCUAUGCCUUGCAGCACUUUUGGUGUUAUUAGUUGUCGAAACAGAAGGACGGAACAAGAAGGUGGUGAUCCACGUCCCAGUCAAAGUGAAGAAGAUAAAGCACACGCACACGGUGUACAAGACCAUCCAUCAUCACCACAAGCACCGCGAGCCUCACAUGGACCACAGCCUCGUGAGCUCCGAGGAACAUGAGCAUUUCCAUCACUUCCACAUCCAUGAUGACUCCCCAGUUGGUCAGCACAGUCAGCCUGCUCCCGGGGUUGGGAUUCCAGACUUCCUACCAGACAGCCUCUUGGAUGUCCCGCUCCAAAUUCCAGAUGUGCCUCCCCAUGAGAUUCCUGGUCUGCCAACUCGACAUAUUGUUCCACUCUAUAGAAGAAUUUAGGUGACAGCUACGUGCAAUAUGUGGGUUGGGACAAGCCAUAAUAGACUGACAAAAUAAGCUUUACGACAU